AUGUCAGAGUAGAUCGGAACAGAUGUAGAUUUCUAUACUUUUGCUAUAGAUAAUGAUGGAGAUGAGUUUAAGUUCACUCUUCUUGCAGAACUUAGACUAAAUUUAAGCCCAUAGGUUACAAUAUUUGAUAUGCGAGUUUCUUUAGAUAAAAGGCUCUGGAUAUUGUGCAGCAACAACACAUUGCUAUAAUAUAUCCAUGCUGAUCCUACUGAUGAUACUGUUCUAAAAUACCUAUUGAAAAGAAUCAAUAUAAUUAAUCUUAAAGAAGAGUUAAAAAAUCUAGAAUCUGAUGCAAUUCAGUUUGACUUUCUCCAAGAUUACUUAGUUGUAUUUACUGCCAGAAAUUUGAUUGCAGUACUCACUUUAAGGGAUGGAAUUAACAAGAUUGAUAGUCAAUACACGCUCAUGCUAUCUUAUGAGAAUCCACAAGAAGCAAGAGACAAUUAUGAAUUUAUUAGGUGCAAAAAAGGAAGAGUUUAGUAUGAUGUGCAUAAACAGUUCCUGUUGAUUUUGUAUAGAAAUAUCUCAGAUGACAGUGUAGUCUUUAAUUUCUACAAUCUACAAACAUAUAGACAUAACACACUUUACUUGAGAGAGACAAUAAUCAGAAAAUUCGACUUUGAAAAUGAUUUUAUUCAAAUUUAGCACAUUGAUUUGUCAUUAUCAUUGCUUAGACUAAUUAUUCUGACUUCAAACUAUUCCUUUUAAGCUAAUCUUGAGAUCAUCUAUUCAUUCAAGAUUUCAUCCACCAAUGCUAUAGUUCUGGAUGAGAGAUGCAAAAACCAUCCUGAUGGGGGAUUUGAACUUAAUUAUACUCUUUACCCAAGUACAAAUAAAAAUCAGAAUUUAUCGACGACAGUUUUUAUUAAAAAUAAUGGGUUGCUAAUCACAAGUCAAAAUGGUAAGGUCCUAAACUAUACAAUAUAUAUGCUGGAAUCACCGAUUGUCUAUGAAAAAUACAAACUUGAUGGCCAGCUUAACAUUAAUGAAAUCUUCUAAGGGUUUAACAUGUGGUACUAUGUGUCCUAUAUCAAGGACGAUAUGGAUUAAAUCGAUCAUUCUAAGAAUGUCUCCAAUCAAUUAAUUGUUGAAAACCUCAUAACAGUUGAUGACUCAUCUCCGAUGGAUUUUCUAUCGAAUUCCAAUCAGGCAUUAGAACUAUUUAAUAUUGGAGAAUUUAUUGUGUUGAUAGACUCAAUUGGGUUUAUUUUUGUGACCAAAUAGAUACAAGCUGAUAUAUACGAGAGAUAAGUUUCAAAAGAUAUACUUGGCUGCACUCCUAUGGGAUUCAUAUACUACGAAAAUAAUAUAUUGAUAUACCAGUGCUAGCCUGACCCAUAUGAUCAUGAGUCGCUAAAAUAUGGGGCUUCUCUGAUAUAUACUGAUCUGCCUGAUGAUUAGGAUAAGGGUGCUUACUACAGCUUUUUUGAUGGAACACUGUAUGUUAAGUAUUCAUUUAAUCAGUGCUAAAUCUACAUCGACAUUAAAGCAGUAGCUAUUUUUAAAAUAUCUGAGUAUAGUUUCUAUAUUGCCUUAGUAUUUGAUAUUCCCAAUCAAAUACUGGAGUCUAAUAUUUAGUUCAAUAAUGUGACAUUUAACAAUACUAAUUUUACCACAUACGCGUAUAACUUUAAUGAUGCAUUGUAUUCUUAAAAGUUUGGGUUAGAUUAAAUGAAGAUAACCUGUGUUUAAACCAUUCAAGGCAAUGAUAUAAUGUUAAUAGGUGUUAAAAAUUAUGGUAUACUUAUCUAUGACAUUUUCAGGAAAGUGCUCUUGAAGUCUAUUAAUCUCAGACCAUUGAUAGGCAUUUUAGAUUAUUAAGUGCUUGCUAUUAUUCAAGAAAAUGUAGACAACUACUAUUUUGUUAUGGAUGUUUUUGGGGUCAUGUCCUUGAAAAUUUAUGAUUAUGAAUAGUUUAAGAAUGAGAGUGCCACUAACCUUGGAUUUAAUUUAGUUGGAUAUUAUAACUAUGUUGAAGGUGAAAUAUUUACUGGAAAUCUAAUAGCCUAAGAUAAUCGAGGCUUUGCUUUUGUAACUUAAAUUAUUUCUAAUCUCAAUUCAAUUUAUAAGACUUAAAUUAUUUAGAUAAUGAGGUAUUUUAGCUUUGAUAACGCAGAUAAGAGUAAAUUUCUGGGAACAAGAGUAGUAAAAGAUGGUUUACAGUGCAACAAGUUGAGAAAUUUUCCGAUCAAGUAUUCAUAGACACAUUUUACAUACUAAUUGCCACACGAUAACUAUGUGUUCUAUGGCCUAUUAUGCCAAACUGAUUUGUAUUUUUACCUGUUUUCCUGGACCUACUCAAUGUUUUAUGUCCAUAAUGAAGAUCUUUUUGAUGGAAUAGAGUCUACCCAUAAAUUUAGAUUGACAGCUUAUAAUGAUUAUGAUAAAGAGUAUGCAGUACUCUCACUUAGAGUAAUUAAAAACUAUCUAAAUAUACCCUCAGUAUUCUAUUACUUAUUCGCAAUUCUUAUACUGAUUGUGCUUUUUGGUCUUAUUUAAAUUCUAUUGCAAAACAAGGGAUUGCUUGCUGUUGAUAGGAAAACCUUAAGAAUGGUUAAAUUCAGUGAAUCCCAAGAUGAAUACACUAGAUUUGGGGAUUCAGUUUCCAAGCGAUCUUGGUUCUUUCCUUCUAGUUAUUUCAAAAACAAAAAAGGCAAUAAAGUAAUUAAUAGAAAAGCCUCGACACUGUGA